AUGAUACCCCACGGCCGGCCACACUUCCCGUGCACCAAUAAUACUAUGGCGUGCUCGUUGUUGCUGCGUUCACUUACUGCUAUGUUUAACAGUGUGGGAAAUGUUUUGGCGUUGUUGAUGGACAAGCUGACUUCUCUGUAUCACAGCAGUCACAUAUACGUUUACUUGUCUGCUGUGUGUGUUCCAUCCGAGCGCGCUUCACCACCACAGCGUAAUCGAAGCCGAUCGCGUUCAUCUGAUGGUCAGUCGGAUGAGUUCGGCAGAUUGCAUAUUUGCAAUUUUGAUGAAAGCAUGAAGGAGGCAGAUCUCGAAGACGCCUUCAAGAAGUUCGGAAAUAUUCACAGCGUAUGGUUGGCAUCGUAUCCACCGUUGUUUGCGUUCGUUACAUUCAAGCAUAAGGAUGAUGCAGCCGAAGCACUCAAGCAAAUGGAUAACGCAUAUGUCGGCCGUAACAAAAUCAAAGUAGCAACCGCGCAUCCACCACGUAAACCUGGUGAAAGACGUCCACGACGUUUCGGUGGUGGUGGUGGUGGUCGUGGUGGCGGUUACGGUGGAGGUUAUGGUGGUGGAGUUACGAAAGUGGUGGUUAUGGUGGCGGAGGAUACGGUGGUGGUGGUAGAGGAGGCAGUCGAUACGGUAGUGGUAGUCGAGGCGGCGGAAGUUACGGUGGUAGUAGUGGUGGAUACAGUAAUGGUGGUGGCCGAAGCUAUUACAGUAGUAGUAGUAGUGGAGGAGGUGGUGGAGGAGGAAGCGGUAGAAGAGACAGCAGCAGUGGAGGUGGUGGACGUUACGGAGAUCGUUAUUGAGAAAGUGGCACGGAUGAAGGCAUCAUGUUUGGUUGAGGUGCAUUGUUGGGAGGGUGCUUUUAGUAGCAUCCUGGAGGGGUUUUGUUCCCAAGGUGGAUGGUUUAAAGUUCAUGUUUAA